AUGGCACAUAGCAGCAGCAGCGAGAGCAGUCGACGCCGCCUUACCCUGACCCUCAGCGCCCUCGCCCUCCUCACAAACACCCUCACGACCCUUACUCUCCAAUACCUCCCCGAUGAGCCCUACCACCUAACGCGCACCUCGACCCUCUACGCCGCCUUUGCCGGCGUGCUGAGCUUCUCCGGCUUGAUCGGCGCUAUCCGACACAAUGCGGCGCUUGUCACGAUCUUCGCGAACUACCUCCUUGUGGACGCGGUUGUUAGUACGGUGCCGAGACUGUUGGUACUGGCGCUGCUGGCGGAGCUGCCGGGGAGUUUUUGCAGGGAGCUGGGGAUUGGGUUGCCGGGUGCAGGCGAGCGGAUGGUGCUGGGGCCGGACGGAGGCGGAGAUGGGGCGCUGGGACAAGAAGCGAGAAGAGGGGUGGAGGAGUGGUUGGUGGAAGGCUGGGAUAUCCGACGAUGCGCGAUGGUGAUGGGGGUCGUGCAGCUUGUUGUCGGGGCCGUGUUGGUGGGGACGGUAAUCGCGCAGUGGUGGUGCGCGCUAAGGGUUAGGAGAUAUGCUACAGACUUAACGCAGAAGGAAGCGAUAGUUGAGAGUCGGUUGGAGGAAAGCGAAAAGCGUGACUCGGUGGAUAGGCGAGUGGGACAUGGCGAAGCGCCUGAUAUCGAGAAGGCUGGGCUGUUGUUGAAAGACUGGUAA